AUGUCUCGUCCGCAGACCCCCGCAUCUGGGGGCUACAGCUCCUCAGCAGCGCCCAUCAAUGAGCUCGACCGAACACAGUCCAGGUUGUCAUAUGCUGGAUCCACUGCUCCCGCAGGCACAGGCCUCGAGCACUCUGCUGGUGCUCCCCGUCCCACCUCUGCUCUAUCCCAAAAUGAGGACUUUCACGGUGAUGCGCAUCCGGGCGCCGGUGAGCGAAGCUCUGUGCUUCAACGGAGCAACUCGCAGAUGUCCCAGUCUGCUACCGCCAUAUCCCGAGGUGGUACUCUUAAGAAGAAGGCAUCGCUGCGCGGAACCAGCCUUAAACGAAGCAAUAGCAGGAAGAGCAGCUACGCGGGCUCGGUUCGUAGCAUGAAGCUCGGUGAGAAGGAGAAAUAUGAGUCGGAGGAAAGCAACAGCGCAUUUUACUGCCCAGUUCCAACUGUCGGCAACCCCACCGAACUACUUGCGAACAGAUUCCAAUCCUGGCGCAAGGUACUGAAGGAUCUCAUCAACUACUUCCGCGACUUGCAUAAAUCUUACGAAGUCCGUUCGAAAACUCUACUCUCUGCGUCCAACAUUAUCAACAACACCACGAUUCCAUCGAACUUUGUGACUAGCGGUGGUCUCGGCGAUGCUGCAUAUAUCCUGCGCGAUUUCCACAAGCAAGCGAUUAGUGAGGCCAACAAAGCCAAGGACCUCGAAAACGAAGUGAUCAUGCAGCUUACUGGCCUGCGAAGCGAUUUGCAGCAGAAGAUCAAAGAGAUUAAGAGCCUGUCUGGAGAUUUCAAGAACUCGGUCGAUAAGGAGCAGGAGCAGACCAAGAGAGCAAUCCGCGCCUAUCAAGAAGCACUCGGACUGGUUGAUCACGACGCUUCCGCAACCACCGGAAAGGGAGACCCGUUCAUCGUCAAGAUGAACGUUGAUCGUCAGGUCGAAAGGCAGAUCGACGAAGAAAACUACUUGCACAGGGCAUAUCUCAACCUCGAGGCUUCUGGCCGAGAACUCGAGUCCAUCGUGGUUGGCGAGAUACAGAAGGCUUAUACUGUGCUCGCCGGCAUUAUGCGACGCGAAGCAGACGAUUUCUAUGAUACUGCAGAGAAGCUACGCGAAGGUCCUCUCGCCAUCAGCAAGGAUAUGGAGUGGGAUACAUUCGUAACAAACAACCACCAGAUGGUUGACCCCAGGAAUCCCGUUCGCCAGGUCGAGCACAUCACCUAUCCAGGCAAGGACCACCCUGCCGCAUUGGAGGUUCGAAGCGGCAUGCUCGAGCGAAAGAGCAAGUAUCUUAAGAACUACACUCCGGGCUGGUAUAUCCUGUCUCCUACCCAUCUCCACGAGUUCAAGUCAGCCGACAGGCUGGCUUCUCAAUCCCCUGUCAUGUCUCUCUACCUGCCCGAACAGAAGAUCGGUUCGCACUCAGAGCCGGGAUCUUCUUCACACAAAUUUAUGCUCAAAGGUCGCCAGAGUGGAUCAAUGCACCGUGGCCACUCCUGGGUCUUCCGUGCUGAGACAUAUGAUACAAUGCUGGCCUGGUACUCAGAUGUCAAAGAGCUCACCGAGAAGACUGGAGAAGCUCGCAAUGACUUUGUUCGUCGGACCCAUGCUCGCUCCAUGUCAGGCAGUAGCCUGAAAGCACCCAGCAUCGGUGGAAGCUCAGAAGGUGCUCUGGAAGAUGACGAGGCCGACCGUCAGGCGUUCGCAGGCGAGCAAUCCAUCCGUGGCAACUCAUUCGCAGACGGCAUGACAACGGCGACUGGCGCUACCGGACUCGCAGAGAAAAGCUCCGAAGCAGGCUGGCGACCACAGCAAAGACCAUCACCAGGUGGGCGAUUUCCAUCUGAUCUCAACGUACAACGAGGCUUACAAGCACCGGUUUCGCCUAGUAGCGGAGGCAGUUCCGAUCGCGACGUAAUAGCGCAUGCUAGCACACUUCCUGGCUCUGCCAUUCCUUUCAACAACGCACAGGAGAAGCCUUCCGAGCUUCCUCAACCUGCUGCUGCUGCCGGCCAGCAAUAUACCCAAGGUGCCCACCCGAACCUCUUCCCACAAUCGGCAGGGGCCGAGAAUCAGAGCCAGUAUGGCGACUGGAUGGCUCCCAUGGCUGCAGGAGCAGCCGGCGGUGCCGUUAUUGGUAGCGCUUCUCACCAUCACCAGAAUAAACAGGAGACGGAGCCGGCUCGCCCAGUAAUAGAGAACAUCGACAAUUCCGAGCGUCAAAUGGAUGCAGCGUCUCCCAUACCCGAGUACGGAACUUCAUCACCACCCAUUCCCAUCCCCAUCCCCAUAACAGCCACGACGACCACUACCGAACCACCGACAGGCGCGGCAUCCACCGCACCUACAGCAAGCACUAACACCGACAUCAAUACGAUUAGCACCCAGACAACCGCGCCGACUGAAUAUUCGAGCAGACCCGGCCUAGAGAAGACGCUAACUUCAAAGAGCGUCAGCACCAUCAGCGAUCUCCACAUGCCGGGGGAGUUCCCUAGGAACACAGGGACCACGACGACCCCCACAGCCUAA